UCCCAGUCUUUCUCUGCCUCUCUCUGCCCCUCUAUCUCUCUGUAGAGCUCUGUUUUUUUUUCUCCUCCUCUGCCUUUCCUCAGCAUCCCCCCUCUCAGAGAUGGCGUGUGUCGGUGCUGCUGGGGCGUCUGGGGCCUAACGCGCAGAGGAGAGGACGCCCCCCCCCCCUUCCUCCCCACCCCCGAUUUGCAGCAUUUUGCUCGGGUGUCUCUUCUCGCCGUCUCCUCCGCCGCCCCUGCCGCCUUUCGGGCCGUUCCUCCACCCCACCUUCUCCCCGUGCGGGUGUCUGGGAGUCGGGCCCUCGGGGGGGUGGAGGAAAUCAACAUCGUGCCUCGCUGGGGAGCUGUGCACAAUUAGCUAUGCCCUGCCCAGGCAUCUUUUGACCGGCCGGAUCUCUCCAAUUCUGUCCGCCUGCACACCAGAGGGCAACGUAGGAUGAAAAUCUGCAAUCAUGAUGCAAGGACUGAAAAAACGAACCAGGAAAGCCCUGGGUUUGCGAAAGAAAGACAAGGAGACGGACACAACGAGCUCACCUGACAAAGAAGGAACUGGAAAUGGGAAAAAAGGAAAUAAAAAGGCCAACGGGGCUCCCAAUGGUUUCUACGGGGAGAUUGACUGGGACAGAUACGCCUCUCCCGACGUUGACGAGGAGGGCUUCAGCCUCCGUCCCGGCGAGGAGGGCGAUGCAGCGUCCAGGGAGAAACAGUUCUUCUCCUCCAGCGACUCCGACGACGACGAGGACAACAAGAAAAAGUUCAAAAUCAAGAUCAAGCCUCUGCCGUCGGACAGCGCCAGGUGUGUCCCCCCAUCUAUGGACGAGCUCAAAGCCUCAGUGGGAGGCCUGGCACUCUCUCCGUCUCUGAGGAGAAGUCCGAGACGCAGUCCGGGGCAGAUAAAAAGGAAUUUGUCCUGUGAGGAGAUCGCUCGGCCCCGACGCUCCACCCCGACACCAAGCCCUGCCCCUGACACACCCAGUGACAGGCUGUCGCAGAACGUCCCUGCCUUCUUUUGUCUACCUUCAGAGAACAAAUAUGCCAGAUAUGAUGUGGUACCUGCUGAUGCGUGGGGAGAAUCGAGGCCACAGUCAGAAUCACAGUCAAAUGAGUCCAGAUAUACUUAAUCUCCUCCUCCGCUUCCUCCAAAAAACAUUCCAUCAAGAAGUCAUUACGGCUACCCUUCAGACUCUGCAGCCGAUCUACCCAACGGGAGGGCGGCUCGCAGGUCGGCCCCCAUCUACCUGAACGUCCUCUCGCCCGCCGCGUACCGAGGUUCCCCGGCCCCCGAGCUGGACGACGUGUUCGGCCCCAGCGAGGACACAGUGUCUCCCAGAUGGGUCACUUUCACUGACGACAGACCCCCGCCGCCUGACGAACCCGCUCCCCCUCCACCUCCUGAUUCCCCUCCUCCCGACACGCCCUCGUCCACCCCCUCUACCCCCGGCCUUUCUCCCGGGCCUCCGCCGAACGAACCCCCGCCUUCACCUCCGCCGCCGUUUUCCCCCGGGUCUCCUCCUCCCUUCACGCCACCGGACUCACCCCCUUCCAUCCUGCUCGGUCCUCCUCCCCCGGAUGAACCCGCGCCUCCCCUGCCCCCUGACUUCUCCCCUUCUAGCUCCCCCCCUGUAUGCCUCGAAGAGGAGGGAAUCGACGAGGAGGUGCUGCAGUUUGCAGAGUACUGUUCCUCUCCCGCCCCCAUGAGCCCCGUACCUCCUCUGCCAGCGGAGCGGAGGUCCCCUCGGACAGGAGUAACGUCUCCCCUGGUCCUGGGUGGUUUGGGGGGAAAGAGGACUCCAGAGGGUGCUUUCCUGAGAGACGAUAUACAAGACUUUGUGGGCUCUCCCAGGGAGCUGACUCCGAGCUUCAGGGGCACGCCACCUCCGCUUCCACCCACCACCUACAGGACAAUUAUGUCUUCCCCAGGGCCCUAUUCAGGCAGCAGCCCCUCGUCUCCAGCCCGUCCUGCCACGCCUCAGUCCCGGGGCAGCCCCGUUCCUCCGCCUCCUCCUCCUCGGCCGUCCUCGAGACCAAAGCUGCCCCCGGGGAAGCCGGUCACCGACCUGACUCGGCCGUUCAGUCCGCCGGUUUCAGGAAGCCCCCCACCUUUUGCCCCCUUGGCCCGGGCAGAGAGCUCUUCCUCCAUCUCGUCCAUUACCUCGCAGAGUGCGGCGUCCACUCCAACCUUAGGAAGGGAUCUUAACUUGUCCGCCACAGAGGCCUCACAGCCUCUGGUGUGGUUUGACCACGGCAGGUUUUAUUUAGCUUUUGAAGGAUGCUCCAGAGGACCCAGUCCACUUACCAUGGGGCCCCAGGACACUCUUCCAGUGGCAGCUGCCUUCACAGAAACCAUCAAUGCCUACUUCAAAGGCGCUGACCCCAGCAAGUGUGUUGUGAAGAUCACGGGGGAGAUGGUGCUGUCCUUCCCUGCGGGCAUCACCAGGCAUUUUGCCAGCCACCCAACUCAACCCAUCCUCACCUUUAGCAUCAGCAACUACAGCCGACUGGAGCAGGUCCUCCCCAAUCCACAGCUGCUGUGCUGUGAUAUAACAGACAGUGUGGACACCAAGGAGUUUUGGGUAAACAUGCCAAACCUGAUGAGCCAUCUGAAGAAAGUGGCCGAACAGAAGCCUCAGGCGACGUACUACAACGUGGAUAUGAUCAAAUAUCAGGUGUCAGCAGAGGGCAUCCAGUCCACUCCUCUGAACCUGGCUGUGAGUUGGCGAGGCGACGCCACCAACACGGACCUAAGAAUAGACUACAAAUACAACACAGAGGCCAUGGCCGCCCCGGUGCCGCUUUACAACAUCAACUUCCUGGUUCCUGUUGAUGGAGGCAUAGCCAAAAUACAGGCCAUGAUCCCUCCGGCCACCUGGAAUCCAGAGCAACACACAAUACAAUGGAAAAUACCAAGUCUUUCUCAUAGAUCUGAAAAUGGAGGAGUAGGGGCUCUCCUGGGCCGGUUCCAGAUGUUAGAAGGUCCCUGUAAACCCUCCCAGCUGGCGGUUCAGUUCACCAGCGAGGGAAGCACUCUGUCGGGGUGCGACAUCCAGCUCGUUGGGACCGGCUACCGGCUAUCGUUGGUCAAGAAGAGAUUUGCUGCAGGGAAAUAUUUGGCGGAUAAUUAGUGGACCUGUGACAUCAGUGGCUUUUGACUGUGAAGACGAUGGAUCCAUCCCAUGUUUAGUGCAUUGGAAAAUUCCUUGUUAGCAACCAUUGGAGUCAUGGGUUGAGAUUUCAUGAAGUAGGAUAUCUGACUUUCAAACCCCAGACGGACUGCUGCUGAGUUUAUGCAAGUAAAUACAAAUCAUUAGUUUUGUGCACUUGGAACACUUGUGAGCUUACAUGGAGUAAAAUAUAGGGGAACCUUCAUUCUUUGUUCUUGUUGACUUUGUGGGUUUCAGACAGUGAUCCAGCCUUAUUCAUUUCAGCUCCUUUCGGUUGUCACUGCAAAUGCACUGUAAAAGGUAAUGUGAAUAGAUUAUUGUAAUAUUAAAACAAUCUUAAACCAGGUGGAAAAGAAUGGAAAAUGGGGGGAAAGUGUAGUAUAGGUUUGCAUUACACGCUAACAUCUGAUUUCCGUUGCCAUCCCGAUUCAGGCUUUAAUUUCCACCACACGUGACCGUCUUUAUUGUUGCCUAAGCAGAAUUUAUUCUUCUGCUUGGACAGCUUUGAAAAGGACACAUCCCGAUCUUUCAGCCUCGUGAUUAAAGGUGACUGGUCAGUUGAAAAUGAACUGGGUGAACAUCAGCACUUUGAAUCUGAAGGUGCUUUUCAUAUAUGGAAUUAUGUUUGUGCCUCAGUCCUGAUCCAGAUGCAGAUUUAGAUUUCUGAAGCGGCAUAAAAUAAUAAAAUAAUAAUAAAUAAUAAGAUAUUAUCACAAAAAGGAGGAGAUGAUUUGAGCUCUUCAUAAAUAAAACCGACUCCAGGUGGAUGGUUGCCUCUGCUGGAUGUGCUGAUAGAGGCAACUGUUUCCACACAAGAUGAUAAACCCAAACCCAAAAUGUGAUUAUUUACAAUGUAUUGACCUCAAGGGGUCAACAAAAACCUGCUGUUUUAAGUUUAACUAGCAAUUCUAAUUAUGAAGUUAGCCUAAUUGGUUAAACAUUAGACAGCUGGCGAACAAAGUUUCAAAAAAGGUUUACGACAUUAACUGUGGAACCGAACCUGUAUCAGUAUUCAUGUGAGUUAAAUUUAUACUGGCAUUGCAACAUCACCAUUUAUACUGACAUCUCUGGCUAAGAGUGUAACACAGAUUAUUACUGAGCUCCUGAUGUGGCUAACAUUAGCAUAUAUAGUCGAUUGUUUAGCACAAAACUAAACAGGUGAAUAAUUCUUUGUCAAAGUGCUACACCUGUGCUCAGGACUGAAACAGAUGCAUAAUGCCGUACUAACACCUGCAGCCUUUAACACUACUACUACUACUACUACUACUACUACUGGUGACAUUUUGCCAUUAAUGAGUUGGCCGAGAGCUGAUACUGGCAGUGAAUCAGUCAUAGCAGAUUGACCAGGUGGAAUACAAAAGCAUUACCUUACCACUAUGGGCAAGUGCAAUGUUUGGAUACAUCAAAGUUCUCACAUUACAGGACUUGGGUGGUUUGAGUAGGGGGUGAUAUUUGCAUUAAUUUGCAGAUUUAAAUGUGAGACUUGACAGAAGAAGCUGCUACUAAACUGGGGAAGGCUAGUGUAAUUUAUUGAGAAACGAUAUUUGAAAGGCCCUGUAACAGACGUAACAGAACCAGACGUGAGAGUGCCAUACGUUGAUGAUGGAGUAAACAUUGAAGGACCUGGGCCGACGAUUGUAGGAGUUGCCUUUGAUGCUGCUUAAAAAACCUGGCCGAUUCCUUUGAGCGUAAUUUCUGAGGAGGAUUACUGGGGACAUCACAGGGAAACGAAGAAGAAGAAAAAAAAGUGUCCACCAAGAAGACACCACUAUCUACUGUGUGUCCCCGUUCGAUUUUCUUCCUUUUCCACCACGUUGAAUAAAUGUUUUAUCAUUUUCUAAUAGCAAUAUUUAAAAACCUGAAGUGUAAAAAGUGUACAUAAAAAGCUAUGUUUCGAAUAUUUCUCUGGGCAUACGGACGUGUCUGUGACUGUCUCUUGGUUUAUUGAUGUCAGCACUCAUGCAUUUGGUUCUGUGUAACGACUCAACUCCACACUCUUCAUCUAUAGUGUUUUACAUGCAGGUUUCCUAUACGAAAAAAAAACAAAGUGUUACUGUUGAUGGAUAACUCCAAACGGUGCCGCAUGAAGUCUGCAUUUGUCCAUCACCAGUCUUCCCAACGCAAUACCAGUAUGUCCAUUUUCAACAAGGUCAUGAUGCGUGUGUUAUGGUGUAUUAGUACUACGAGAGGAGACUUUUUCGCCUUCACGUGAGCCUCCCCACCCUGUUUUUCUUGUUGAUGCACCUUUCGGGAACUCAUUGUCAAUAAAUCUGGCAUGUUUUCAUUGGUAUAGUCAUUCCACGCAUCUACUAUCGGUGUUUGACAUCCUCCUGUGUUUGACUUGCACACUAAACACACGUUCAGUUGUAUCCAUGAAACGGUCAUCGCUUACUGCCACAUGUAACGUGUUCAUACGUGUUUGACGUCACAUUUUAUAGAAUGUUUUAAUGUGUUGACUCACAGUUUCGGGCCUGAGUGUAACAUUUCCGUUAGUUUUCUGAGAAAAUGAAACAUUCGUUUGAGUACGAUUUUUCUUUCUGUUUAUAUUUCUGCUUACAUUUUUCUUUGCCUUACUUUGGAGCAGUAUAUUUGGAGGUUUUCUGUAAGGUUUUUUUUUCUACAACUUCUUGGCUGUUUCUUUUUUUUUUUUCUUUUUUUUCACUGCAUUAGAAUCAGAAUAUGCAAACAUUUCAUGUAAAUUUCCCAUCCAAAGAUUUUAAAAGUAAAUAUAUGAAAAAAUUCAAUAUAAUGUAAUACCUGUUUUACUUGGUAAUAAAGAAAAGGAAAUAUGA